UCUGUUCUACUACACACUUCUAUCUUCCUAACAAAUCCUCAGCUCAUUUGAAUUUCCCAUUUCUUGCAUCCAAAUUUCAAAUUAUAGUAGAUAUUGAGUAGUUUUGUAUUGCAAAAGAUUCCAAUUUUGGAAGUUCUAACCAGUAUUUUAGGAUCUCCUUUCUGUUUCUUAUCCAACCAUUUCAGAAUUUUAGAAUAUUUGAAUGGUUUCGGCUUUCAGGUACUGCAGAAGAUUCCAAUUUUGGAAGUUCUAACCAGUUUUUGGCUCUUUAACUCAGUUUGACAACUGCCCAUUUCAGUUUUUUUCUGGGAUUUGGAUGUUUUGGGCUUUUGGGCAUUGCUGGAGAUCCUGAUUUUCAAAGUAGUAACUAGUUUUCGGUCUUCUUAUUUGGUUUCAGAACUACCCGCUUCAUUUUUUAUUUUUAUUUUUUUAAAAUUUUUUUCUGAAAAUUUGAGUGGUUUUAGUUUCGGGGUGUUUCCGGAAUUUUAGACUUCAAAUAUCUAACUUGGUCUCUUCGUCUUCUUUGGACAUUGGUGUUUGGGUUGGAAGCAUCCCCAUUUAGGACAUUUGAAUUAGUAAGAAUGAUUCUGCUGUACAAUGGUUGCGUCCUAUGGAAGUUCUGGGCAGUUUUGCUGAAAGUUUCCGUCGCCAAAAGUUUCUAUUUCUGGAUUUUCCACAUUUUCAAUACCUACAGUGUAGGCACUUAGCAGAAAUAUUCAUCAAUAAGAUUUUAGCUUUCAGUACUUCCCUCAUUUUUUCUUUUUUUUUUUUUUCUUUUUGAAGUGGAAAGUCGCCGUUUUAACAGACUUCGAUAGUUUGAUGAGUGAGACAAUGGGUGGGAUGUAUUUGCCACCUGGUUUCCGGUUCCACCCAACUGAUGAGGAGUUGGUGAGUUACUAUUUAAAGAGGAAAGUAGAUGGACUGAAGAUCGAGCUCGAAGUUAUUCCAGAGAUCGAGUUAUACAAGUUCAACCCGUGGGAUUUACCUGACAAGUCAUUCCUUCCAAAAAGGGACAUGGAAUGGUUCUUUUUCUGCCCCCGUGACAGGAAGUAUCCGAAUGGCUCACGUACAAACAGAGCUACAGCUGCAGGCUACUGGAAAGCCACUGGGAAAGACCGACAAGUAGUUUGUAAUUCCUCUGUGAUCGGGUUGAGGAAGACCCUGGUUUUCUAUUGUGGAAGAGCUCCUUUAGGAGAUCGGUCUGAUUGGGUGAUGCAUGAGUAUCGUCUCUGUGGAGAUCCUUCCCAAGGAUCUUCCAAUUUUCAGGGUGCUUUCGUUUUGUGCCGUGUGGUAAAGAAAAAUGAGCAUGGACAGAAAAUCGGUGAUAUUUACGGGGAAUCCAAAUCCAAGAAGGCUAUAUCAUCUUCCAUGAAUGACUUCAACCAAGGAAAUUUCUCAAACAAGAUCUCAAGAACCUCUGGAGAAAGUCCAUCUCCAGAGAGCAACCUAUUCAUCAAAAGCAAUGAUUCAACCCCCGUCACUUCCCCAUCUGAAAUUAGAAGGGGGGUGGAGCCAGACCCGAUGGUGAUAGAGAUCGACGAUGACCCAAACCUUUUGGCAUCUAAUGAUCAAGUUUCAGACAUAUCAAAGGUUUCUGCCUUCGAAUGUUUAUUCCCAAACAACAUUCCUAAUUCAGUAACAACAUCGCAACCUCGUAAUCUGAUGGCCUCUCCCUCACCAUCCUACUUUAUGGAGGAAGUUAAUCUAGCUGAUGAUCUCAGUCGAAUGGGCUUUAUGCCACCUUAUACAAGACCCACAACCAGCUUGGGGAUGGAUGAGGAUGCAAUGUUUCAAAGCUUUGAAUGGCCAGGUUAUCCUGGAAAUAUGAACCCACUGAGUGAUGGGUGUGAAGCAUGGAACACAAUGGUAUCCCCUUCAAUUUGUAGGCAAACCAGUGGGGAUGGAAGCUUUGGAGAGCUUACUGAUUUAUGGCAGCAAGAUGACAACUUGGUGAUUGUGAUGUGAAAAGUUAGUGCCCAAAUAGACACCGAGAGGCUAGAUUACCUGUGGAAUGUCAGGACGGUGUUGUGAUCAUUAGUUGAGGAUUUUGCACAUGUUUGAUCAUCUAGAGCAGGAUCUCUAAGACAAUGCCUUUUAAUGAUUGCUCUUGGAGGAGAAAUAAAAAAUAGUAUCACCUUUUUACUUAUGCAAGAAUAAGAUCUCUGCGUCAAUCUCUAUUAACGAUUGCGCAUGGAGAAGUGCUGUUGUGAACUGCUUUGAACUCUACGUUGCUGUAUAAAAAUCAAACUGGCUUCAUGUAUAGACCUAUGUACUAUUGUGUUGUAUUUAUAUGCUUUAUCUAUCUUUUGUGAUGCAUCCCUGGCUGUGAAAUGUGUAAUUUGUGGGAUUUUGGCUUCUUGGCCAGCAGUAAAUGAUAGAUGCAUGAUUGGACCGUGCGGUUUAGAGA